AUGUCCAAGAUGCUCGCUUCAGCAUGCAACCUUCACCACACGCAUAAGGACUACCGCAAGUGUGACCGUCAGCUCGAGUCAUCAACCCUCAUCCAGAUCGCUGCCGUCUAUGCUGUCGUGGUCCUCCUCUCCCUCGUCCUCCCUUUCCUCUCCAACCUGCGCACUUCUCAGGAGCUCGCCUCCUUUGGGCUCACGCUGGAGGUGACACGGACCGGUAUGCUGUCCAUCGUGGCGGUGGCUAUGCUAGCCAUCAACCUCCCGCUGUUCGACUUCAUGCGCGACAGCGCCGCGUGCUCCACCGCGCUCGGGGACUGCAACACCAUCUCGUGCGUGUGCGGCGCCGUAAUCUGGAACGGGUACGUUUUUAUGUUCGUCGUGCUCCUGCUGGGGCCCCUCAUCUGGGUGCGUAUGCUCGCAAAGGGCAUGCAGCCCUUCAACACGGCCGAGGUCCUGAAAGGGGAGGCCGUCCUCGAGGGCUGGCAGCGCGCGUACGAGCGGGCGGACGAGGCGACCCUCGGCGUAGCGGUCAGUGCCCUCGCGCGACUCGCCUGCAAUACUGACGGCGGCGCAGGCUUCAACUCUGGCCUUCGCUCGGCGCUCGGCUCCUUCCUCGCUGGCUUCGCGGCCCUCUGCCUUGAGGAGUCGCUCUCCGUCGAGCAGCGUCUGCAGCGUGCCGGCAUCGAGAGGCUCUUGGGCGCUGCCCUUUCUCCUCCCGCGCACGCCGGCCCGGACGCGCAUGGCGGGGCGAGCCUCCGCGCGACGCUCCUCUCGUGUGCGGCCGAGCUGACGCGGCGAGGCUCGGCGAGCGGCGGCGAGGCCCGGCUGGUCCCCAAGAUGAUGCGCAUGGCCACAAUUCCCUCCGGCGCCUCUGAAAGCAGCCGCGUCGAGAUGGCGUGGCGGCGCCUUCAGGAGGUCUCGCAGCCAGUCUGCGCGGCCGCGAGGCAGCGGCUCGAGGAGGAGUUCGACAGCUCUUCCCGGCUCGGCUCCAUCCGGCUGCUGCACGCGCUCUGGGAGGAGUUCGCGGCGGCGGCGGCUCCCGAGGGCGAGCAAGACGCGCAGCAGCAGGGUGGCUGGAGGAAGGCCCUCGCCGCGCUCGGAGGGUCGGUGAUGAACGCCGCGGUGGGCGCCUGCAUGUACGACGCAGUCGGCAAGGUUCGCCUCGCCGCGACGCGGCUGCUGCUCGCCGUCGCUCCCCACCUCCCUCCCGAGGAGGUGCUCAAGGCGCGGGACCGCGACCGCGAGACACGGCGUGUCGCGUUCCGUGUCGUCGCCCUCUUCACGGGCGAGCCCGACGCAGAGCUGCCGCCAUCGCUCUGCGACCCGGACGCAGUGGCGAUGCUGGUGGAGCGUGCGAGGAACGGCGCCGGAAGCACCGAUGAGAUGUGUGGGCUUGCGGCACGCGUCUUCUGGAGCUUCGUGAUCUCGCACGUGCCCGACCCAGCGUCGGCGCUCGUCAAGCUGCGGGUCGCGGAGAGGAUCUCCCUCUACGAGCCCCUGCUGCGAGAGAGGGCGAGCGAGCUCUUUGGCGCGCAGUUCGAUGACGCAAUGCUGGCGCCGGGAGACGACGGCGAGCAGGACGACGGCGACUUUGCCGACCCGCCGUGA